CCGAGGGUGGCCAGAUGGGACCCCGGGGGUGGCCAGAGGGGACCCCGGGGAUGGCCAGAGGAUCCCCAGGGAUGCCCAGAGGGUUCCCAGAGGAUCCUCGGGGGUCCCCAGAGGGUUCCUGGGGGUCCUCAGAGCGUCCCUGGUGGUCCCCAGAGCAUCCCCGGGAGUGCCCAGAGCGUUCCCAGGGGUCCCCAGAGUGUCCCCGGGAGUGCCCAGAGGGUCGCCCGGGAGUGCCCAGAGGGGUCCCCGAGGGUGACCAGAGGGUCCUCAGUGGUCCCCAGAGGGUCCUCGGUGGUCCCCAGAGUGUCCCCGGGGGUGCCCAGAGGGGUCCCCGAGGGUGCCCAGGUUUCCAGCCCUUCACCCUCCGGACACGCCCUGGCUGUGCCCCGGGGUGUCGCAUGUUGUCCCCCCUCCCCUGGCAGGAAGCCGCACGCCCAGGAGGCCUCGGGCAGGAAGGAAGUCGCCCCGGGGGAUUUUUUAUCUCUCCUUCGCUCGCAGCCACCUACGCACCCCCAGAGCCCCGAUCUGGCAGCGCAGCCCCUCCGGGACCCCCUCCCCAGGCCCGCAGUGAGGCUCCCGGCACGGCAGAGCGCCCGCCAUGGCCCCGCUGGGCAAGGAGACCCCGCUGAUCGGGGGCCGCUCCUGCAGCCUCUCGUCGGCCGAGAGCGGCACCCUGCAGGUGUUCCUGUACCACCGGGCCCCCGCCCCGCCCCGGGCCCCGGGCAGCGCCGCGGGCACGCUCAGCUUCACCUUCGGCGAGUACACGGCCGAGGAGCUCUGCGUGCGCGCUGCCAAGGCCUGCGGUGUGCUGCCCGUGUGCCACCCGCUCUUCGCCCUGGCCACGGAGGACCUGAGCUGCUGGUUCCCCCCCAACCACGUGUUCACCGUGGACGAGUCCCACAGCCAGGUCGUGGUGUACAGGCUCAGGUUUUUCUUCCCCAACUGGUGCGGACUGGGACAGUCCCACCGCUUCCAGCUGCUGAACGGCUGGGCCAGCCCCGUGCUGGAUUACCCUGUCAUUGAUUAUCUGUUCGCCCAGUCCCGCAGUGAUUUCAUCGGGGGCCGCGUGGCCGUGGGGCUGAGCCUGCCCACGCAGGAGCAGUGCCUGAGCCUGGCCGUGCUGGACAUGCUGCGCAUCGCCAGGGAGCAGCGGCAGAGCCCCGCGCAGGUCUGCAGCCACGUCAGCUACAAGUCGUGCCUGCCGGCGCCGCUGCGCUCGCAGAUCCAGCAGCACAACUUCGUCACCCGCAAGCGCCUCCGGCUCCGCUUCGGCAAAUCCCUGCGGCGCCUGGGGGGCUGCCAGGCCGACGGGCCCCACCUGAAGCUCAAGUACCUGCUGGACCUGGAGCGGCUCCAGCGCCACCGCAGCGAGGAGAUUUUCCACGUGCGCUCGCCCGGAUCCGCAGCGCCCAUCGCCAUCCACGUGUCCGGUGACGGCGGCGUGGCCUGGAGCUGCGGCGGCUCCGAGGUGAUCCGGGGCGGCUGGGGUGGGCACGGGGGGAGGGCACAGGGGGUGUCCCCAAGUGUCACCGCGGCCGUCCCUGCCCUUGGCAGCGCCGAGUUCGCGGUGAGCAAGCUGGAGGCGGCCGGGGGCGCCCCGGGGCUGUUCCUGCUGCGCCGCAGCCCCCAGGACUUCGACAGUUACCUGCUGACCGUGUGCGUGCAGACCCGCUCCGGCCGGGAUUACAAGCGGUGCCGGAUCUGCCGGGAUGAGGACGGGCACUGGUGGCUGUCGGGGGUGGCGCGGAGGUUCUGCAGCCUGCGGGAGCUGCUGGGCACCUACGGGCACCGCGGGCUGCAGGCCGAGGGGGCACCCAUGCGCCUGGAGCGGGCCUGUCCCCCCCGGCCCAAAGAGAAGUCCAACCUGCUGAUCGUGCGCAGCGGGAUCCCCUGUCCCCCCGGGUCCCCUCCGGUGCCCCGGCGCCGCAGCCUGCACCAGAUGAUGUUCCACAAGAUCGACCCGCAGAGCCUGACACGGGGCGAGAGCCUGGGCCAGGGCUCCUUCACCCAGAUCUACAAAGGCGUCAAACGGGAGCAGGACGAGGAGGACGGAGCCCGCCAGACCCCGGUGGUGCUCAAGGUCAUGGACGGCAGCCACCGCAACUGCCUGGAGUCCUUCCUGGAGGCCGCCAGCACCAUGAGCCAGCUGUCCCACAAACACCUGGUGCUGCUGCACGGCGUCAGCCUCGGCAAGGACAGUGUGAUGGUGCAGGAGCACGUCCGGCACGGGCCCCUGGACCUGUACCUGCGCAAGAAGCGCGGCGCGGUGACCACCGGCUGGAGGCUGACGGUGGCCAAGCAGCUGGCCUAUGCCCUCAACUACCUGGAGGACAAGAAGAUCCCGCAUGGGAACGUCUCUGCUAAGAAGGUGCUGCUGGCACGGGAGGGGGACAUGGCUGGGGGGAGCCCCCCCUUCAUCAAACUCAAUGACCCCGGGGUCAGCGUCACCGUCCUGGCCCAGGACAUGCUGGUGGAGAGGAUCCCAUGGGUGGCCCCCGAGUGUGUCAGCGACCCCGGGAGCCUGGCACUGCCAGCUGACAAGUGGGGCUUCGGAGCCACCCUCUGGGAGAUCUUCAGCGGGGGGAACAUGCCCCUGAGCCUGCUGGAGCCCCAAAAGAAGCUGGAAUUCUACCGGAGCCGCCAGCAGCUCCCGGCUCCGCGCUGGCCGGAGCUGGCGGCGCUGGUGGCGCAGUGCAUGGAGUACGAGCCCCCGCGCCGGCCCUGCUUCCGCGCCCUCAUCCGCGACCUCAACAGCCUCAUCACCUCCGACUACGAGCUGCUCUCGGACCUGUCCCCCGCGGAUGUGACGUUGCGGGAUGGCUUUUGGGGACGCGAUUCCCUGGCCAUGAGCCAGGAUCCAGAGCACUUCCAGGAGCGGCACCUCAAGUACAUCUCGCUGCUGGGCAAGGGGAAUUUUGGGAGCGUGGAGCUGUGCCGCUACGACCCCCUGGGGGACAGCACGGGUGAGCUGGUGGCAGUGAAGAAGCUGCAGCAGGAUUCGGCCAAGGAAAUUCGGGAUUUCGAGCGGGAGAUCCAAAUCCUGCACUCACUGCAGCACGACUUCAUCGUCCGGUACCGGGGCGUUUGCUACAGCCGGGGGAUGCGCGGGCUGCGGCUGGUGAUGGAAUUCCUGCCCAACGGCUGCCUGCGGGAUUUCCUGCAGAAGAACCAGCCCCGCCUGGAGCACAGGACGCUGCUCCUCUACGCCUGGCAGAUCUGCAAGGGCAUGGAGUACCUGGGGGCGCAGCGCUGCGUGCACCGGGACCUGGCCAGCAGGAACAUCCUGGUGGAGAGCGACAGCCACGUCAAGAUCGGCGACUUCGGGCUGGCCAAGCUGCUCCCGCAGGACAAGGAUUACUACGUGGUGCGGGAGCCUGGCCAGAGCCCCGUUUUCUGGUACGCUCCGGAAUCCCUGGCUGACAACAUCUUCUCCUGCGCCUCCGACACCUGGAGCUUCGGGGUGCUCCUCUACGAGCUCUUCACCUACAGCUCCAAGAGCAAGAGCCCCUCGGAGGAAUUCCUGCGGAUGAUGGGCACCGCGAGGCCGCCGCAGAUCAUCUGCCACCUGCUGGAGCUCCUCAAGGACAACCGGCGACUCCCGGCCCCCGCUGGCUGUCCCUCGGAGGUGUACGCGCUGAUGAUGAGCUGCUGGGCCUUCACCCCGGGAGCCAGACCCACUUUUGGGGAGCUGUCCCCCAAAAUCGAGGCGCUGCGGGAUGGGCGGAGCAAAACUCGGGGGUAGCGCCCCCCCAGAGUGGCACCGGGACCCCCAGCCCGUGGUGAUGCUUCCCUGUGCUUUGAGGGGGCACUGAGGGGGGACACAGCCCCCAGCCCCCCUUUCCCACAUCACAGCCCCCCUCCCAUCCCUUCGGCUUUUCCCUCUUUUUUCCUUGCGCUCCCCCUCCAUGGCAGAAUUGGGAUGGGAAUGUGGGAAUAUGGGAUUUAUGGGAACAUGGGAAUAUGGGAUUUAUG